GCUCCCUCUCUUUGUCCAAACGGAGGCGACACUAUGGAACCCCUCUAUCAGGCUGGGUCCAUUCUCAUGAAGGUGAACACCUUACAGGGGAAGAAGAUGGUGGAGAGUGGUCUCCAGUCUGGAGACUUCUCGCUCCCCCAGUCGUGGCCCUCCUGCAUCCUGCCACCAGCUGACCUGGAGAUCCUGCAGCAGAAGGUGGCCGGGGUGCAACGGGAGCUGGAGGACUUCAAGAAGGAGGCACUGAGGGCCAUCCAUUGCCUGGAAGACGCCUUCUGCAAGAUGAACGGGGCCCUGGCACAGCAGGAGGGGCAGGCGGCCCACGUGAGGCAGCGGCUGAGGGAAGAGGAGGACCGGGGCAUCACGCGGAACAAGGUCCUCACCUUCCUGCUGCCCCGCGGGAAGCAGCUCCGGGAGCACUGCAGGCGGCUGGAGCGCCUGCUGCUGGGCCGGAGCUGCGCGGCACUGGGCAUCCCCGGGAAGAUCCAGGCCAACUGAGGCCCCUCCGGUAGAAGCCACAUUCCUCACCGAUCAGCCGAGUAGAAGAUUCUUUUCGAUAGAAGGACAAACCCUGAGUUUUGAUAGAUUUGCUCCCCUUCCCCAUUUCCACUGCUUUCCUUCUACCUAAAUAACACCUUGCUGAGAGGCGAAAAGACCCAGUACGUUCUUUCGGUGAAGCUCCGUUCACCCAGCAUCACCCAAGAAGGAAGCGCUCCAACACUAAGUCUUUGAAUGACA